AUGUUCUCUACUGUUCUACUAGUUUGUCUUUCUGUCAUCGCCGUUCACGGUCAAAACGCGUAUGGUAAUAUCUAUGGCUACGACACUAGUAAUACCGGAAACUCGAACAGUGGCUUAUCUUUGGUGCAAAAUCCAAAUUACCAAUUUUUGAACGAUCAGCUAGCCAACGAAUACUCUCAAACAUAUCUUGAUCAACUUAGAAACUACGAACAGCAGAGUGGUUCUUCAAACUCUAAUGGUAUUGUGACAAGUUCCUCGAGCGUCCCUGCGAAUGGUUACUAUACCGGACCAGCAUUGUCUAACCAACAGCAGAAUCAAGUCAACUAUCAGCAGAUUGUUCAGAGAAACCCAUCGACAACCUCCAACAGUGGAUCUAGCAGUAAUAUUUAUGGGUACAACUAUAAUUCUAAUUCUGGAAGCAGUGGAAGAACAACAGGCAACAAUAACUACAAUAAUGGAGUGCAAUAUUCCGCUCCAAGCACUGCUCAACCAUAUAUCUACCCGUUCGGACAGUUCGCACCAUCCGGGUCUUCCAGCUCCAACCCAGUACUCCGUGAUCAGAGCUCCAAUUCAUUCAGUUCCACUGUCUCCCCACAAACCUCUUCAUCAGCCACCAACAAUAUUGGAACAGGAAACGUAUACACUGGACGUACCUACACAAUGUUUGAUCAACCACAAAACUCUCAAAUCGGAUAUACCAGCGCAUCUGAUCUGAAAACCACUAGACUCCGUGAUCAAGCUCCCCCAGCCACAUUGAACCUCCGUGGAACCGGACCACUCCCAGGACCAGUGCUCACCAGCUCCAAUGCUAACUCUCAAUUGUUCAGAGAUGCCGGAUCCAAUGAUAUCUACUAUGGAAAUGCGAACACCAACACCAACAACAACAAUGGCCAGGCAACCUACAGGUUCUCUUCCAGAUUUUUUGAUGUUGCUGGAAAUAACACAGAAAUGUAUUACCCAUAUCGCACCUCUACCAACUGGCAAACUGGAUCAUAUGGAACUCCUUCCGGAGUAUCAGGAGUUCAAUUUGAUCAAUCUGGAUCGUCUACUACAAUGAGUCCUACCGCGAGAUGCGCACUUUCCGAUCCCUACUGGUGCCAAGAAUAUGUGCAGAUCUAUUUGAGUUCCCGCCAACAAUAUGAGGGUGUUUCUACUCAACAAGCUUGUCCAUCCCUGAUUGCUUCACUUGCCUCGAGUUACAAUGGUUGUUGCAGUGCUGUUCGAGCCGCCGGCUGCUCCAUGUCAUAA